CACAGUUUUGUAAGACCAGAGGGAUAUCCCGACAUGAUUUCAAAUAACACAGGAAACAAUGGAUCUAUGUGCACAGUCAGAGUCGGGUCCAGAAGUCUUCCACUGUAUCCAUUGGUUAUUGUGUGUUUAGGACUGCUAAACACUUGUCUGAUGUUAACUGCUGUUGUUAUUGGGAUUUACUGUGGCAAACUCAGUGAGGAAUCUGCACCAGACCAAAUAACAGCACAAGUCCUCAUCAUAGAGGUGAAGCAACUUCAGAUAAUGCUGACUGAAGCGUCCAAAGCUCAAGAAGAAUUCCAGCAAGCAUUAGAAACAGAGCUCAGGAGCCAUCAGCAUCUCAAACUGCAGUUAGAGCAGAACAAGACCAUCGUCGACGGCGUUCACAGGAAGAUUGAGGCACUACAAGUGGACCAAGCGACACUGAAGUCCGAUUCAUCGGAUAUUCGGGAAAGUUGUGGACGAUGCCUGUCAGGAUGGCUUUUAUUUAACACAUCCUGCUACUUCUUUUCUUUCACUGAGUCCUCCACUGUAAAAAAGAGCUGGCCAGAUAGCAGAGCAGACUGUAUCCGUCGUGGAGCCGACCUGCUUGUGAUUGAUAACCUGGAUGAGCAGAAAUAUGUGAGCGGCACCAUUGAAAACAUGAGAGGUAGCCGUAAUAAUUGGUGGGAGAACGGAUUCUGGAUUGGUCUCACUGACACAGAGAUAGAGGGGAAAUGGGUCUGGAUUAAUAAUGUCACCGAGGUAGAACAAAGGUACUGGAUUGAUGGAGAACCAAAUGAGUUUGGACACCUGGGAGAAGACUGUGGGGUUAUCGUGUAUACCUCAGAUAAUCCCUGGAAAACCCGUUUUGAUGCCAAUUGCCUGCAGAGAUACAAGCAUUGGAUAUGUGAAAUGACAUCAAGCUAGAAUCAGGAAGUUCCGAUGAGAAAACAAAAGCAUAUGUUUGGAAAGGUCUUGAAUAAAAUACAUUUAAGAUGUGUGUUGUGCUUCUGGA